GUAGCAACGACAAACGCUCCCCGAGACAGCGAUUUCGAAUCUUCGCACCGCCGACGCCCCAGGGGCGACCGUUCACUCGACUACCGCUCAUUAUGAUGGGGUCCCCGGCGAAGCGAUUGCGCAUUCUCCGCUCCGUCGAGGUCGACGAGACGAACUCCGACUACAUUGAAGCGAAGCAGAAGCAGCAGGAAAAGUUCAAAGGAACACUCGAGAAAUUGUUCGCCAAGUACGGAGAUAUGCACGAAUCAAUGAGCGAUGAGAUCGACUUCAACACCGGCAAGGUGGUGGUUGACAGGGGACAUCUUAGAAGGAUCCAGCGACAGAUGAAGCGCAAGGGUCCCGGACUACUCGACAGUCUCCUAGCGCCUGAGUUGCAGCAGGAAUACACACCAGAGGAAGAGGAAGACCAUGCGGAAUCCGAAGAUGAACUGGCCCCUACGCAGACACGGAAGCGGAAGAGAGACAGCUUGGAGGACGGAGAGCAGACUGUGCAAAGCUCAGGGCGACAGAAAACGGCCCCGAUCACUUCGCCACCGCAAGCUGCAUCGACAGCAAUAUCACAAACGAAUGCGCCCCAGGUACCGAACACACCGAACCCAGCGGCGAACCUUUUCCAGCAAAUCCAACAGACACCCCUGGAUCAGCAGGCACAAGCAGCGCUGUUCGCGAAUCUGAACCAGACCAUUGCGCAAGCUGUGCAGCAGGCCGUGGCGCCACUCCUCAGCAUCUUACAGAACACGCCAAACGGACAGGCAGCCACAGCCCUCUUCUCUGCACCAUCCCCACACCUGCCAGCGACCGACAGCGUGAGACCAGCGGCGGAUCCAAAAUGGUAUUUUCCUCCUAUCUCAGCUGCCAAGGGUGCCCAGCCGAGCGAUAUCUACAGGUCCGCUCCGCCCAGAGCAAGCGAAGCGCAACCACAGACCAAAUACUGCAAUGAGAUCAGCUCGCCCAUUGUUGCUCGCCGAAGUAGCCCCAUAGUCCGGGUACAGAGGCGACAAGGUGCAGUAAAGACGCAUCAAAGCUCUCGCUUGCCGGAACCAAGUGUCGAGAGACCACAUAGCUCGCAUUCCCUGCCUGCAUUGUGCCCUGUCGUUGAGUCCAAGGCAGCAAGCCCUUCCGUCCAUGCCACGCCGGGUCGUAAAUCGAGGAGAAUCAGAUCAUUUCACAAAUAUCAUUUCACUGAAGAGGAUAACGUAUACAUCAGCAAGCGAAGAGUGCUCCAGAAUAUAUCCUUUCAAGCAAUCAAGGCCAGUAAAACAAAAUGGGCAGAAUGGCCUCUCAGCGCAUUUCACAACCAUUGGAAGAACUGCUUGAAGGACAAGGAUCUUCAUUUACGUAACGCCGCAGGGCAAGUACCGGUCGCACAGCAUGCCUCAGCCACGUCAAUUGAGCACGAGGAACACUUCUUCUCCAGUAUCGAGAUCCCAGAAACGUCCUCAGCCGAACAUCGCCUACCUACACCAAGCUCUUUAGAGCAGGAGGAAAGCUACCUGGAAAGGCCGGUGAUGCCCCCGUCUUCGCAUUUUGACGACGACGAACUCGAAUUACUCUCACUAGCCGGCGCCGACAUCAGCGAUGUACUGUCCCGACAUGCCUCCCAGCACGCGGACGAUACAUACCCAACACCUGACGAGCCACUACCCUCAAUCGAGGGCGCCGAAUUCCGGACCGAGGACGAAGUGCAAGACGAGCUGCAGCGCGAGAUGCUCAAACUCGAAGAGUCAACGACUCCAGAGCCGGUCCAGCCCAAAGCGCUUCCCAGCACGAUACCAGAGACCCAGGAGUCUGUCGUCGUUAUUUCCACACCUAGCCAGAAUCGGAGUUCAAAUACACAACUAAACUCAAAAUCCAAGCCAAAGCCGUUUCCCACGUAUCGCGCCGCCUCAGACGCAUCGGAUGAUAUCGACCUGGUCGGUACCAAUGACGAGCCCAUGACACCUCGCAUACACAUCAAACGAGAACCUUCGAGUCCCCAAGCAACAAGGGUCCUUUCUAGCUCGCCAGCGCCCAAGACGCCGUGGACCGCGCCACAGUCUUCUGGGAUGGCCAAGUCGACUGGCAAGCUGGACAGAAGAGCGUAUCUCAAAGAAGUAAAGCAAGGAUGGGCGAAAGCCAAGGGGAAUACGGGCACUGUGCAGAGGAGAAGAAGCCUCAACGUCUUGCCAGCGGUGAGGAGUAGGCGUCGAGUGCAGGCAGAGGCGGGGGAUAGUGAAGAUGAGCUGGCAGUAUAAGUCAAGCUGCAGUUAACAUGAGUAAUACGCCAACAUGAC